AACGUUCUGAUUGUCACUCAUUUUGAAGUUCUCAUCGCAACCAGGAACGCACUAAGCACAAGUUUUGGUACUUAGCCUAGUGAGCCUUCUACCUGGCCAAGGUCUUGUCCGCGGUCCAUAGACUACAAAAAACAACGCCGGUAACCGGCGAGGUCGUAACUGUUACUGAACUAUGAUGGCCUCGCAGAAAGGGAUGUUUGCUGGCGUUUUACUUUGUCUCGUCGUGUCCAUGACUGUAGCUUUACAGGUGUCCAUCCCUGAGAGGUCCUAUGAGUUCGCCAGGGGAGACAACAUCACUAUACCAUGCACCUUCAAACCCAAGAACCCAGUCAACAAUCUGGUCAUCAUAUCCUGGUUGGCUGAAGCAGACAAACCCGGAGAGCCAGAGGUGACCAUCCUCACCUCCUACUCUACUGGUGAACUGGACAUCACUGACCGGUAUGAAGGAAGAGUUUCCCUAGAGCAGGACAUAGCUAAAGGAGUAGCCAACCUGAAGCUGUCCUCCAUCGGUCUCCUAGACAACCGACUAUUCGAGUGUCGGGUCUCCAUCCCCAAGGAUGACAAGGGUCAGCUGGCUGACAGCACCCGUCUGGUGGUCCUGGUGGCUCCCUCUGUGCCUAUCUGUAAGAUUGAUGGGAGGGCAGAGUACUUCCAGAACAUCAGUCUCACCUGUCUGUCUGAAGAGGGCUCUCCUCUCCCUACCUACAAGUGGCAAGGCUACGACGUCAAAAACAUGCCCCGAGCACCUGCACCCAAGACAACAGACAAGGAUGGUGUCCUGUCUCUCUUCAACCUCACCAUAGAAUCCUCAGGAUACUACAUCUGUACCUCCACUAAUAAGAUCCGUAGUGCCAAAUGCAACCUGACGCUGUCCGUCAUGCCACCGUCUAUGGCCAUGGGUUCAACAGCAGGUAUCAUUGGCGGCGUUGUGGUUGGUGUUCUGGUGCUGCUCAGCAUCCUCCUCUACUGCUGCUGCUGCAGAAAGAAGAAGGACAAGGCAGAGGAGUACGCUAUGGGGGUUCCAGAGGGGGAGGAGUUCCACGACGACAAACCUGUGGUGAACGGCGAGGUUCGCCAGACACGCAGCAUGGAAGACGACGAUGACCACCCACCAAAGAUCGUGGACCGCCACGACCAGUACAAGGAACGCAGCGAGAAGGACUACGAUGACCGUCGCAGCGACUACGAUGACCGUCGCAGCGACUACGAUGACCGCCGCGAUGGCUAUGAUGACCGCCGCGAUGGCUAUGAUGACCGCCACAGCGACUACGGUGACCGCCGCGAUGGCUAUGAUGACCGCAGGGACCAGGACGACCGCUACUCUGACCGCCGUGACCGGUACGACCGUGAUCGUGUUUACGAUGAACGCAGCGACGGCGGACGGUACAGUGAUCGUUAUGAUGACCGUGACAGACCUCCCAGUGUACCCGCCAAUAAACCUGCUAAGCCUUCUAAAAAUAGAAUAGAUUAGAACCACUUCAUGUUUCCCGCAACUUGUUUUUGAAGUGGUUGAAAAUAUUACUAUUAUAAAAUAGUCGCUAGGUCAGGCUUCACAAAGUGCCUCGCUACUAGACUGAACCUGGUUACAUAAAUAACAGGACGACAGAUACUCAACUAAGUUAAAGCCUAUAGAUCAGGGAUCAUCAAACAGAUUCAGCUGCCAGAUGGUGUUUUUCCUUUAGCAGAAGUUCAGGGGUUUGGAACAUAAUUAUAUAUCAUUUGUAGACGGCAAAUUGACUGCAAGAAGCCGAAACGGAUGUAAUAUUUGACAAAUAUAUAAUAAUUUAGAACCUUGCUUACAUUUGUAUACCAUCACAUAUAUAUCGCUCUUGUGUGUGGGAAUAUUUGAACAGAUUUCCAAAAUGAAAUUCACUUGGAGCUAAUUUCCUGGUUUUUGUACAGUCUUUUAUGUUCAACAAUAGCAAAUCUACAAACAAAAAAAUAUUUUUUGGGGUUCAGAAAAGUUGGGGGGCCAAAAAAAAGGGUCUGUCAGUUGGGGAACCGUGCUAGAGACCACUAGAGGUGGAGCAUCAUUGUGUCACUGUUAUCUAUGUAAAGGCCUUCUAUGUGGAGUACAGCCUAUGAUUGGAGGAAGGGUGGCCUCAAUUCAGUUCAGUAGUCAGGAAGCGAAUUGGAAUGCUGAUUUCAAGAUUUGAAAAGUGCCAUCUAGUAUUUUCAAUGAGGAUUUUUUAACAUUUUUAUUCUUGAAUCUGAAUUUAAAUUUGCAUUCUGUUAUAAGCUGCCAUUGCCUGAAUAAGACUGUAUGAAUUCUCAGUGCAGUUUAUUGGAAAAUGCAUUUUUCCUCCUGCCUUACUGUCUGUCUACUGUUGGUGUGACAGAAGAGCUUUUCAUGUCCGUCUCAGGUCUUGGCUGUUUGAGAACCACAUGCUUUUUGGUGACGGUUUAUUUGUUUUUAUCAACUGUGGAUUGCUAAUACCCUCUAAUAUAAAAUGUUGGAGUUACAUUUAAUAUCAAUGCUAAUACCCUCUAAUAUAAAAUGUUGGAGUUACAUUUAAUAUUUACAUUUACCUUUUUUUUUUUUUUUACAUUUUUUACAUUUUUAGUCAUUUAGCAGACGCUCUUAUCCAGAGCGACUUACAGUAGUGAAUGCAUACAUUUCAUACAUUUGUUUUUUUUUUUUUUUUUUUUCUGUGCUAGCCCCCCGUGGGAAUCGAACCCACAACCCUGGUGUUGCAAACACCAUGCUCUACCAACUGAGCUACAGGGAAGGCUAAUAUCAAUGCUAAUACCCUCUAAUAUAAAAUGUUGGAGUUACAUUUAAUAUCAAUGCUAAUACCCUCUAAUAUAAAAUGUUGGAGUUACAUUUAAUAUCAAUGCUAAUACCCUCUAAUAUAAAAUGUUGGAGUUACAUUUAAUAUCAAUGCUAAUACCCUCUAAUAUAAAAUGUUGGAGUUACAUUUAAUAUCAAUGCUAAUACCCUCUAAUAUAAAAUGUUACAUUUAAUAUCAAUGCUAAUACCCUCUAAUAAAUUAAUAAAGUUGUUUUCAUUACUUAGAAGUGUUGUGUUUGGUACAUGUGUCUAGCGUCAUGAUGCUUGUUAAUACAGUGUUUCAGCUGGGAGCAGUGUAGGGUCAGGUGUCUUCAUUAACAUAUUCAAACCAUGACUUGUUUUUGGAGUGAGUGACUCAAUCAGGCCUUUGGAAAGAGAACCCACUUUAAGAACAGAGAGAAACUAGUUUCAGUCUGUGGCAUGUGCCUGUUGUUUCACUUCUUCAUUAUAGCCUGAGGCCAGACAACACUAAACUAGUGGCUUUAUUGGGUUCAGACCUUUUACAUAGGUCUGUCUGAGUGAGGAGUUUGUAUCUAAGGAAGGGAAGAUCAUCUUGUCUUUAAUCUUUGCCAAAAAUGUCUAACCUUUGUUUUGUUUUUAUGCAUUUGAAAUGUACGAGGGACACAAUUUAACUAGUUAAAACAUCAAAUGUUGUGAGCAGUGUAAAAAAACUUCAAACAUCAAAUGUUUUGGUUAGAUGUGAUGGUACAAUUAAUAACUGUAAAUAAAAUGUAUCAUGUUUCUAA